GUGGUGGCCAGCUAAUAGUGAGCAUCAUUCCACUCUGCCUUGAACACUAUUGCAGGGGUAGAAAGACUGGAAACUUCUCUCAGGUCUGUGGCCUAAGCAGCCCAUGGAAUCUCAUAACCUGAGCUCUUCCUCUCCCCUCCUUUCUCUCCCACCCUCUACUCUUCCUGCCUCCCUCCCUCCUUCCCUCUCCUCCUCUCCCUCUGCCUUCACCACAGACUGGGGGUCACCUGGAGAGGCCUCAGCUCCCUGCCACCCAGCCUCCUCCCCCAUAGUAUCUGCCUUCCUGGCACCAGCCCUGGGUGUGGAGUUUGUCCUGGGCCUUCUGGGGAACAGCUUGGCACUCUUCAUCUUCUGCUUCCACACGCGGCCCUGGACGUCCAACACAGUGUUCCUGGUCAGCCUGGUCAUUGCCGACUUUCUCCUGAUCAUCAACCUGCCCCUUCGUGUGGACUACUACUUCCUGCACGAGAUCUGGCGCUUCGGGGCCACUGUCUGCAAAGUCAACCUCUUCAUGCUGUCUACCAACCGCUCGGCCAGCGUGGUCUUCCUCACGGCCAUCGCACUCAACCGCUACCUGAAGGUGGUGCAGCCCCACCACAUGCUGAGCCGGGCUUCUGUGUGGGCAGCCGCCAGAGUGGCCGGGGGACUGUGGGGGGGCAUCCUGCUCCUCAACGGACACCUGCUCCUGACUGCCCAUACUAACCAGUCCUGCCUCAGUUACCAGCUGGGCAAGAACACCUCGGCCUCACUCCGCUGGCACCAGGCACUGUUUGUAUUGGAAUUCUUCCUGCCACUGGCACUCAUCCUCUUUGCCAUCGUGAGCAUCGGGCUCACCAUCCGGCGCCGCAGCCUGGGUGGGCAGACAGGCCCGCGGAGGGCCGUGCGCAUGCUGGCCGUGGUGGUGGCUGUCUACAUCAUCUGCUUCCUGCCCAGUGUCAUCCUUGGCAUGGCUUCCAUGGUGGCUUUCCGCCUGCAUGUCUGCCACAUCCUCAACAUCUGCUCCCAGCUCUUCCACGGCUCCCUGGCCUUCACCUACCUCAACAGUGUCCUGGACCCUGUGCUCUACUGCUUCUCAAGCCCCAACUUCCUCCGCCAGGGCCGGGCCCUGCUGGGCCUCAGCCAGAACUGGCAGGGCUCAGCCAGCGAUGAAAGUUCCUACCAGCCUUCUGCUAGGUACUGGGAGGCCUCUAGGAAGGCAAAGGCUACAGAGAAGCUGCAGGCGGAGGUCUCACUGGAGUCAUAAGGCCCGUCUCAGGACAGGGGUUUGCAGUGCCAUGGAAGUAAGGACGGCCAGGAUCUGACCUGGGGGGAUGAGGUCACUCCCCAGACUAUUGCCAGCUCAGGGUGCCUCACCCAACUGGACAUCUGCAGGAACCAGUUGGGUGACAGGAAAGAAAAGGGUUUUGACCUUACAGAGCAGUGUAUCCUGGAUGAUGUCCCCAGAGCACAGGAAAAGAGCACUAUGGCAGGUGGAGACAGGCAGAGCCUGUGUCAGCUCCACCCCAAAGGGCUACACAGCUGCCCAGUCCAUGGGCCAGAGUGUGAUGACUGUGAGAGCACAGGUCUUGCUUUAGAGAUUGGGCCUCUGCAUUUUCUCUUAUCUCAUUUGUCCCUUUCAAUGCUAAUAAACUUCUUUUUGAAAAUGCAA